AUGUCAUUUCCUCAGAAAUUCCGUCAAGAGGAAAAAGAUAAACAGUUUUCCCGCUUUGCAGAGUUUCUCAGAACAUUAGAAAUCAAGAUCCCUUUUGUAGAGGCACUUGAACAGAUACCUUCUUAUUCUAAGUUCAUGAAGAACAUUUUGAGUCAUAAGAAGGAUUGGAGAGAGACAGAAAUAGUUCUCCUCACUGAAGAGUGCAGUCCAAUUAUUCAAAAUAGCUUACCAGAGAAACUUAAAGAUCCUGGGAGCUUUAGGAUACCAUACACUCAAGGUGAUGCUUGUACAAGGACAACUUUAUGUGACCUUGGAGAAAGCAUUAACCUAAUACCUGCUUCAUUAAUAAAGAAGCUUUGCUUGACUGAUGAAGUCAAACCAACCCACAUAUACCUUCAACUUGUUGAUAGUUCUAUUAAGAUACCAUCAGGCGUAAUUGAAGACAUGAUUGUUAGGGUUGGACUAUUUGCUAUUCCCAUUGACUUUGUGGUAUUAGAUAUGGAAGGGCAUAAGAGUGCAUCCCAUAUCCUAGGGACACCCUUCCUAGUUAUAGGAUGGACCCUCAUUGAUGUUGAGAAAAGGGAAGUAACCCUGAGAGUUAAUGAGGAAAAGUUCACACUAAAUGCUAUCAAAGCUAUGCAGCAUCCAAACACCCCAGAGGAAUGCAUGAGCAUUGACCUCAUUGAUUCCCUGGUUGAAGAAGCAAAUAUGGCUGAAAGUCUCAAGGAAGGGCUGAAUGACAUCCUUACAAAUGCCCAACCAGAUUUAGAGGAACCUCUAGAAACCACUGAGAAAAAGGAGAAACCUCCAAAGCUUGAGCUCAAGCCAUUACCAUCUUCCCUGAAAUAUGUAUUUCUGGGAGAUGGAGACACUUAUGUUGUAAUCGUAAGCUCUGCCUUAGAGCCAUAG